UAAGAAACAGCAGAAAUUUGCAACUAAGAGUGUGCUAAUGUCGCCUUAUACUGUCAAUGUUAAAUUCAUUCAUUCAAAACCAUCCCAAAAGAUUAUCAAGACGCUUGAGAAAUUCUUGGAGGAAAAAGAUGUAAAAUCCCUAAAAUCCUCAAAAGAUCUAGUUAUUGGCUUAAGCUCUGUGUAUAAACUUCUCAAAGCUAUAAAUCCUAAAGAGGAAGAGAAGCAAGAAUAUUUUAUAUUCGCACUAAAGUAUGCAGAAAUCGGAGAAAUGCUUAAGAAUUUACCAAUCGUGUGCAAAAUUAAGAAACAGAACUUCUAUUAUUUCCCUAAAUUUAUUGGUGAAAGAACCAGCGCUAUUUUCAAAGUCAAAAAAUGAGCUUGCUUCGCCAUCUCAAUGAAAAUAUGGAAGCAAAUUGCAGAUGAGCAAAUAAUAGAAACCCUUAAGGAAUAUGACUAUGACAUAGAUUGGCUAGAAGAUGUUAAAGAUAAAUUUGAGGUAAAGCAAGGGUACUUGCCAUGUAUCAUGAAGAAGCAUAAAAUCCUCCUCCCUUCCAAGGGUAAAGGCAAAGGCCAAAAGCCGAAAAAAUAA